AUGGAAUAAUACGACAAAUACCAACUGUUUUUAAGAUUAACUAACAAGAAAGAGCCUACUAAAAAUAAUGAGGCUUUGAAUUCAUCAAGCAAAAAAUAACAUCCAACAAUUUUAAGUGGAAAAAGAAAUCCUAAUAAUGAGGCCUAUAAGAAACUGCAUUAGAGUUCAGAAAUCUUUAAAGAAAAUACCACUCCAAUCAAGAAUGACAUAACAAAACCAAAAAAUUAUGCCACAGAGAGAAAAUCACUUGAAGAUUUAAAUACAAAAAGAACGUUGAUUCCAAGCUUAGAUUAAUUUUAAUCCCCAGAAAGAAAAUGCUCAUCAAAUAUUAGAUAUAAUCCCAAUACAGAAAGUUCUUAAAAAGAAUCUAAGAGAAUUUUAAAAACUUGUGAAUAGAGACAGCAAGACUUUUCUCAUCGAAUUAACCUACCUAUCAGUGCAGUAAUAUUUAUUUGGUUACUAUUUUAGAUGCAAGUAAAAGAUUAUAAGGAAGAUAAUUAUGGAUUUGGUAAAUACAAAUCACAUGAGUCAACUUAAAAACUAAAAAGCUAUCUUGAUCUUCAAGGUCAUCUUAAUAAUUGUAAAAAUUGA